AUGCCGGCAGCUCUCAGAGGCACUCUCGCUGUGUGCCAAGGUGGGUCUUAAGAUUUGCUUUUGCCUUGGUAUGGUAUCAGGGGGGCUAAUCGCACUCUGUGGCUCCGAGGCCAACUCACAUCAAAAGUCUAUAUAAAUCUGUGCGACCACCAGGCUGAAAGCUAUAGUUUUUUGUAGUUUUUCGUGACAAGUUGCAUGCGCGGGAGAUUUGCGGAACUAGAGUGAUCCUGUUUUAGGCGCAGGAAGCGAUCGAGUAGGACGGCGUGGGAGAUAUGUGCAGGUGUUGGAUCGCUUCGAGAGGAUACGAUUCGAACAGCUUGAAAAUUCGUGCGGUGUAAACAUCUUUCAGAGCCGGCCCCAUCGACAAAACCCAUGUGUUGAAACGGAAUGAAAGAUGACUGAGAAGAAACUAUGUUUAAGAUGGUUACCUCAGGCCAUUGCCCUCAUGAUGGCGGUAAUGCCACAUCUCAACAGUGCCAGAAUAGACAACGUAGUGGUAGUGAUGCCCAAAGGACCGAGGACACUGCAGAUGCUCGGAUCUUUGAGUCCACAGUUGCUUCAUACGAUUAGCGAUGUCUUAAAACCAGUACCACCAAAUGUGGUACAAGUUCCGGUUCCUUACUAUCCGGACCAUGGAGAUGCCUCUGCAUCCCAACAUGAACAUUAUUCACCAAAUGCGCUCAACAGUGCGUACUUCACUAGUCCUUUUGCUCACCAUGUCACGCCUUCGACAAUUAGCACAGCGACCUCCUACACCCCAUACGUUCACAGCACAUCCACCAGCAGUGUACCAUAUCCAUUCAGCUUUGACCCCCAUAGCAUCCAACCCGGUCCAUACGAUACACCAUUCAUUCCCAAGCUAAAGCCUAGCCCAGUUAACCCAUUGCACAUCGAAAAUCCACCAGAUAUCAGAUUCACCCCCAUAAAUCUACUCCCACCAGCGCCGCCAUCCUUCGAUACCAUCCGUAACUACGUUCAGAAGCUGAAAGCUAAACAGAAGGAAUUCUUCGAUACCCAAGGCUUCGAAUAUGGUCUAUUCACGCAACCUAAUACCAAACCUUCGAGUUAUCACAGACCAGUAGAGCAGAAGAAGAAAUACAAACAUAAGUACAAGCACAACUAUGAGGCCCUGUUCUCGAACCAUCCGAACGAACUGACCUAUAUCGGCCACGCCAAUCUGGAACCGCAUGAAGAAGAUAAUGUAUAUUACACGGAACCGGAUGCGGGCAAUAAAUACUACUACACUAACACUGAAGGUCACGAGUUUGUACUCCCCCCGGAAAAUGAGUUCAAGGCAAUUCCAUUGGGUGGAAUCAUAGAUCCGGAAGAUGCCCAUUUCGUAGAGCACGGAGAAGAUCUCUUGCUGAAGACGAAGCACCCCGAUGCAGCGGUUGUGACGGCCAACCAGUUGGAUGCGUUCAUCAAGUAUGAAAACCAGCUUGGACUGCAUCCCAAGUAUCCCCCGGAAAAGAGACACGAACACCGCAGACCUGUCAGACCUUUGCACCAUCGGAACAAACGGUUCAAGAAGAACGACCGAGUGGGACGUGCCAGUGGGGAUCAGAACGUUGAAGCGGACUUUUACGAUUCCGAUGAAGAAAAGAAGACAGGUGAGCUGGAUUUUGAAGAUGUCGAGGAAGAGAUCCGAAUGCACGAGAACUUUGAACCGAAGAAGACCUAUACGCAGGUGAGACAUUUGGAAACGGUGGUGAAAAAAUCGGAGCCAGAGAGUGAACCGAAGAUCAAGGAGAAGGUCACCAUUUCUAAAACGAAUAUCUAUUAUUCAGAGAAGGGUAAUGAGGAAAAACAUUACGAUCAUGGGGCGGAAGAGUCGUUUGGAGAAUUCAAGUCAAAAUCCAAAACACCCAAGAAGCAUAGAGGUAAACGAGAUGUUGCAGCAUCGUUUGAGGAUCGGGAUAGUAAUAUUGAUGAUGAUGUAAGUGCGGACUCUGAAGAAGAUAACGGAAGUCGGGAGAAUGAAAUCGAUUACGAGUACUAUCCGGAGCACGAAUACAAUGAGGAUAACAACGGCAACGACACCAUUUACUUGCCGUACGCUCAGGCAUUAGUGUUUCAAAAUGACACGGAUAUGUUCGUGCUACCCAUUCCUGAAGCGUUGGUAGAUCCACGGAAAUUACAUGGUGAAGAUCUGUUGAACUUCUUAGAUGAGGCCAUCAAAAAUUCAACGGAAUUUUUGCCCCCCGAAAAGGAGAAAACCGUCAAGAUCAGCCCAGAGAUUCAAAACCUGCAGGGCCAGGAGCUGAUCGAGUUUUUGGACGAAGCCAUCAAAACGUCCAACCAGUACCUUCUUAACGGCCCAGAAGAUGCCAUUGAGUUAGUUAAUCCUCCACGACUAGGCAGUAGUACAGACCUGAAGGAUCAAUCUCUUGCCGAGCCUCUUAAAGCAGAUCACGUAAUUGAAUACGAAAUGGAGCCUCCUAGACCGGAGGAUGUUCAUAGCGAGGUGCUGAAGUACACUCAACAGCACACGCUGCCAGAUGCGCCGGAGUACGAGGUGGUCAAUUUCGUGCAACCCUUCAAGACGUUGCUCAGGUUGCAGAAGGCCAAUCCUGAUGACUAUGAGAUUGAGUUUGACGCUCAAGAUCCUAGGCAGCUGCACGGUGAGGAUCUGCUGCGGUUUUUGGAUGAAGCUAUCGGCAACACGACGUUGUAUAUCCCGGAAGAACAUGACGAUCCCCACGAACCAACGCCAUAUCUGAAGCGAGCUUUCCAUUACGUAGACGUGGACACGGCUCUUGGGCUUGCAGAUAAUAUUUCAACCGAAGUGACGGAUUACCUCAAGGAUCGGAUACCACCGCAACCUGUGGAGUUGGCUUUCAGUGAAGGAAAUGACUUUGUUCCAGUUCGUAGAACAUCUGAUAAUGCGGGGCAACAAGAGAUACCCAACAGAGGCAAAAACAAACAGUCUAAUCCAGAAGUAGCAGUUUAUAAUGAUGUGAUUAGACAUAUCAAGAAUCACAUGUCCGCCAGUAAGUCAUCCAAGUCUAAGAAUGGAAACGUGUUCAUGAUUGCCGUACCCAGGAGUAUGCGAGGGAACAAAACUAGGAGUGUGGAAAGGAGGCAAGAUGGCGCUUUCGACAGUCUGCGGUUAGCAACCGUGUAUCCUUUACCUAUUUUUGACAUCAAUCAGUUUUAUCCCACUAUAUUCUCGGGAAAUUCCGGCAGCUCGCUGGACCUGGAAGAUACUAAGAAAGAUGAGUUCCAACAAGCUUUAGAACAUGAGGCUGAACGACUAGUCGAAAAGCAGAGCAAUAAACCACCGUCCAAAGACCAGGCUUCCCAUGAGCAACGACUCUCGACGAAAUCAUAUUUCCGUGAUGGCAUCCCCGACGCUUAUCGGGAUCGAACCCGUUAUCGAGGACCCCGACCUGGACCUCAGUUCCCUCAAAAUUCAUACGCUGUAAAGGAGAAAAUUCGUGAUUACCCUCAGCCCACGUUCAAGAAGCCUGGGCCACCGUACGAAGCCAUUCCCCUUCCACCGAGUAACCCAAAAACGAAACUUUCUUCCCUGAAUGCCGCCAGUAAUCAGCGAGCGGUGCGGCAUCCGCCUCCACCUCAAUUUCCGCCUCUAAAAAAACGGAAAAGAACUCACCGUCGACCGUACAAGAAGCUGAAGAGGGUCCCCAGUGGGGUACGGACAAAAGUUCGCUUCAUUAAACGAUGAAGCCUUUCGCACGUGCCGCUGACCGCGAAGGCUUUCUCCUGUCGAAAAAGUGUAGAAUUAGUGAGUCGUCUCGGGCCCUGCCGUCAAUGACGUCCCUCCUAAGUAGAUAGUGUAUCAUUAUUAAUUGCCUACGCCACCACCACUCGUACUGUGCAGCUUCCCCAGCAGCUGCAGCACUUUGUACUGUUUUACCUUGAGUAGAGCUGGUCGCCUGCGCGGUGGGGAAUGGCCAUGCCGUUCGGGGCCCCAAUGAAAUGCAACACCAUUUGCCACCGUGCAGGCCGGAACCGAAACAACAAACUCGCACUCGCAGUCCCCUCAAUUAGAGAUUUAAGCCAAUCUGGCCCGCGUGCAUAUUUAUUUUUCCCAUGGGAGUUAAAUUUAGGUUGAAGACUACAUGCGUCGAGAGUGGCAUAUCUUGAUCGGCAGGUUUGAUUUGAACAACUUUCUGGUGGAAGUUGUUACGCGGUGCUCCACAGACCGUUAUCAUAUACAAACAGACGUAACACUCAGAACAAAUUCUGCUAAUCAGUCGCCCAUUUCACACCAUCAUCUCGUGAGCAUGUUGCACUAAAUACUAUUUUGUUCGACAAGACCUGAGUUGCUGAAACGUCAGACACGAAGAGUAACGAUGCGCACGCUGGUUGUGAGGUUUCAAAUAUAUUGAAUGUGAAAUCUCAUACAAAAAGACGUAACUCUGACGGAGUUUUCAUUGACAACUAGUUUAACGAUUAUUUCAAAUUCGCUAUGUUACAAACCUCACAACCAGAGGCGCCAUCUGCAGUUCUUGUUGCACGAAACAGUAUUUCUGCAGCAUGCUCGCCAGAUGAUGAUGUGUGAAUUAGGCUAUGGAUUUUAAAGAAGUUUGUUUCAAGUUUUACGUCUGUUUGUAUGUGGUGAAAUGAUCGUUUAAUAAAUGAUUGAUAUUUAUUUCAUCAGUAUUACGUUUGUUUCUAUGUGCCGUUACCAUCGAAAAAAAAAUCUCCAUCGAAUCUGUGCUCACCAGUCGUUUUCUAUGGCUAGGCUGUAAGUCUGAUGGGAGAAGUCUGAAACUUCAAACAAAAUCAGUUUUAUUACG